GCAUUCACUUCACAGUCAAUCACUUCAAGUCCGCAUUCGACAACCUAUGGACUAUGGCUGAGGAACGACUUCGUGCGGCAUGUGAAUGCGGCGACCUGGCAGCAGUGCAACAAUUGGUUGAAGGCAGCGAGUGCGCCGAUGUAGACGCUGGCGAUGCCGCCACCGGGUGGACGCCACUGAUCCUCGCGAGUUGGAACGGACACUUGCACGUGGUCCGGUAUCUGCUCGAACGCGGAGCUGCAGUGGACGCGGUAGACUAUGGCGGCUCGCCCGCAGUGCGCUUUGCAGCUAGUGAAGGGUGUCUGGAUAUCCUGCGAGAGCUUACGGAACAAGGUGGGGCCGAUCUCAAUGUGGCAGAGGGGAGUGGAUGGACUCCUCUGCUCUUCGCAAGUCAGGGAGGCCACGUCGACAUUGUCAGAUAUUUGCUGGAGCAUGGCGCAGACGUGGACGCUCGAGACUCAGGUGGCUCGUCCGCGCUGAGAUUCGCCGCUAGUGAUGGGCGCCUUGAAGUCGUCAAGCUCCUCGUUGAGUUCGGUGGCGCGAGGGCGAACCAAACAGAGAUCGACGGCUGGACACCGCUUAUACUAGCAAGUUGGCACGGCCAUUACAGCGUGGUUAAAUUUUUGUUGGAGCAUGGGGCACAGAUAGAUGCAAAGGAUAUGGGGGGCUCGACCGCUUUGAGGUUCGCUGCAUCUGAAGGGCGAAUGAGGAUCGCGAAGCUGCUAGUGCAACAUGGAAGUAUGUGCGUUAAUGAGCCGGAGGUACACGGACGGACUCCGCUAUGGUUUGCUGUAACGAAUAACCACAUGCGAUUGGCGACGUGGCUGCUGCAAAUAGGGGCCGCUCCCAAUAUCAGGACGGAUCAAGGGAGUACACCGCUGAUGCGUAUUUGCCGUUCUGAUAACGCCGACGACGAUAUUGUGGAGCAGUUUCUUGAUCACGGGGCGGACGUGAAUGUAAGUGAUUACCAAGGAUGGACCCCACUAAUUCAUGCCUGCGAAUCAGGUGACCCUGAUCCAGGAAUCAUGGAAGUGCUUCUUGAUCACGGCGCCGACGUAAACGCACGAGACAAUGAAGGAUCGACGCCACUCAUGCAUGUUUGCCUAGCGGGAGACGCUGACUCGAGUGUUGUUCAACUGCUGGCAGAUCAUGGAGCGGACAUAAACGCACAAGAUGGUCGCGGCAAGACGUCACUCAUGUUAGCAGCAUCUAAUGGCGACUUAAAAACAGUGAAGCAGCUGUUGACUCUCGGUGCUGACUCCAGCCUUGUCGACAACUUCAAGCACACUGCACUGGAUUAUGCCAAGACGCAUGGCCACCGACAAGUCCAGGAACUUCUUGUUUCUAAACUUAGUCACACUCAACUCCGCUCAUUUGACUCCCGUGCUACUGCAACAUCGACAAAGUGGUCGAUUCCACCUACAGAAAUUGAAUUCGGUGACUUUGUAUCGACUAAGAACAUUGGAGGUGAUUUUCUCGGAACGUGGCUGGAUUCACAAGUGGCAAUUAAGCUGUACUUGUCCGUCCCUGGUUCAGACGAGUCGUUUGACGAACAAGCUACUCGUUGGUAUGGCCUUCGACAUCCAAACGUUCAGAAGUUGUAUGGUGUGGUACGUGAAGGCUACAAUCUCUUUGUUUGUGAGCACAUGACUAAUGGAUCAUUAGAAGAGUAUGUGGAUACGAUCACUUCUCGGUCGGAAUGGAAUCUUGUGAACGUAGCUACAGCUUUCCGGUAAGGAUGGCAAUGCGAAGCUUGCAAACUUCUCGUCAAGUAGAGCUUUUAAUUGGAGCGGAGGGGAUUCUUCUGAACCAUCGGUGUCAGAAUCAAAGGCAUUUGCUUCAGAUGUACUAUUUCUUGGGAAUUGCUUGCAUGCAGUUGCCUUGAAACUCAGAGACCACACAGAAUUGGAGGAAUUGCGCGUAAAAUGUGAUAUUCUGGUACAAGACAUGCGGUGUGAUGAAUCUCUCCUGCGAUGCAACAUUUCCGCUGUCGUUCUGCGGAUGAAAAAUCUGCUAGAGCUAGCAAGCCAAGACCAAGCCCCUCAAGAAAGAUUUGUUUCUGCCAGCGGAAUUCUUUCGAAGCUACAAGAUAUGCAAAUAUCUGUUAACGAAUCUACGAGUGAUCUCUACCGAGAACUGUAUGCUGACCUCGAAGCUGUAUGCCAACGUUUUUUCAGCUGGAGCAACCCGAUCACAUUUCACACUUACGAAGAAGUCCUAUUUGUACUUGAAACCAUUCAGGGAGCGAUUGAGCAGCAGAACUCGUACAAGAACCCCAUUCAACGCCUUUCAUCAAGUUGCGCAAGCGAUCUUUCGGUAGAUUUCUUGCGAAAGCAGAUGCAAUACUUACUGAGCUUGGUCGAGGCUCCUGCACACAUGUACAGCGAAAUGGAGAAGCGAUGGUCGGACCUUCGCAAACAAAGGAUCAACGUGUUCGUAUCAGAGAUUGAUAACACGCUUACACUUCGUCCAACCGACACCGAGGGUUUGCUAACAUUACUACGUCGAGAGCUGCAGAAUACACGCUACUCAGAGGCCCAGCACCAAAUAAUUCAAAAGGCAUACGACGAGGCCUGCUCAACACAUGACGGGUCCAUUAUUGAAUCACUUCCGGAGUGGUUUAUUGGCUGGUAUGAACUGGAGGAUGAAGUUGUUUUCGCGCGUGGAGGAUUUGGUGAGGUUUCGAGAGCCAAAUGGCUCAACUCGGAUGUUAUCGUGAAGCGAAUAAUUACGCAUGGCAGACAUGACCAAAAAGAAAUGUUCCAGCGUGAAAUUGAGCUGUGGUUUGGUCUAAAUCAUCCCCAUGUAGUGAAGCUCUUCGGUGGUUGCCACAUCGGCACACCGUUCUUUGUUUGCGAGGAAGCGAAGAACGGUUCACUUGACAAAUAUUUACGAGCACAUCCCACCGAGGUAUGGCAAAAGUUGUACGAAGCAGCCCUUGGUCUGGAGUAUUUACACGCGCGUGGCAUUGUGCACCGAGACCUGAAGUGUGACAACAUCCUUGUAAAUAUCGAUGGAGAUGCAAAGCUGACUGAUUUUGGAUUGAGUGCGCUUGAAAGUGCUGGGGAUCAAGGCGAGCGCUCGGGCGCUGUUCGUUGGGUAGCACCGGAGUGUUUGACAGGAAAACAAGCGUCAUACGCCUCGGACGUAUUUUCUUUGGGUAUGUGCAUCAUUCAAGCGGUGACGGGAAAAUUGCCUUGGGGUAACCAACUUGACAACGCGGUUGUGAAAUAUCGUGUGAGAAAUGGCGAGUUACCGCAGCGUCCGCCUCAAUUUUCUGAUGAUCAAUGGCAAUUAGUGGAGAACAUGUGCAAGUUUGAUCCCAAUGAAAGAAUGCGCUUGCUUGUCGUUGUGCAGAGAUUGAGACGACUCGCAGAGUUUCCCGAUGGGGUUAUCACUGAACACGUAUCCAAGGAACUUGACUGUGAUAUAGUACAGCAUUUAAAGGAAGUACUGCUGCACCGCGCUGGCAGCGCGGACUACCGUGUGCCAUGCUUCAUCUAUCAGCUUUUGAUCGAGCGCAUGAUGCACAUUGAUAAAACGUGCAGUAACGUCGACACCAAGGUUAGUUUGAACUUAGUCCUGGUCUCCGCCGAACCGUGGGUCGAGCAAUUAGGAAGCCAAAUGUCGACUGUGGAUUUCGUGAAGGCGGUGUUUCGAGGAUUCUCUCUGCACAGGCAGAUUGACCGCAUUUUGGCGGAGUACUUCAUCGUGCCAAUAAGUGAAGUGCACGGAUGGGCAGACCAAUGCUUCAGCGUGCUUCAGGCGGAGCAAAGCGGGAUUCACCCUUAAAGUGGAUAAAAUAUGAACCCCUUUUUUCCCAUACGUAGGAAUUUAUAAUUUUUUGCCUGGAUCAUUAUAAAAAAAAAUGGAAAUUACCAACAGUGAGGCAACUUGGCGCGUUCGCUCACUGGAUUUGAGUGGAGAGAACACGUCACUAUUGGUAAUUUAGUUGCUUUUAG